UAACACGUGCCGCGCGUGCCAGCAUUCUGUCGGGCCGUCGCCACAGAAGGACUCCUCGCCAAACGCAGCAGCGACCGUUCCGCCUUCCCCGCGAAAUCUCCUCGGAAGCGCUCACUGGGCACAGGAAAGAAUGACCACCAGCGACAUCCUGGUUUCCAUCUGCCUUCAGGCGCUCGUGGCUGCCUUCGUGACUCACCCGGUGCACGGUGCCAAUCCCGUGGUGAGCUCGGUGCUCCUGGUCAAGGCUUCCGACGCGUCCGACGCGGAGGCACACUGCGUGUUGUACGUGCCGGCCAUCAAGGACGUCGCCAAACGGGAAGCUGACGCUGAGUACCUGCCCCUACUGAACGUACUGAACGACACCGAGUGCGACUACGAGCGGCGUAGCUUCGAAGGCAAGGUGGUGCUCCUGGAGCGCUGCGACAACACCUCCAACGACGAGAUCAUCAUAAAGGCCAAGAGUGUCAAGGCGGCCGCCAUUGUCAUGGCCUACAACGAGAAGCGACCGAUAGUGGAGACCAGCACCGGCAUAAAGAAGUUGGACAUAAUUGUCGCUUUCGCGAAGAACUCGACAGGACGCAAAAUUGCGCGCUACGAGGAGAAGCACGCAAACAGCACCGUGAUGGCCAAGCUGUUUACGCGCGCCACUGCCCUGGACUGGAGCUUCGUGAUCAUCUGGCUGAUCGCCGUCGGCACCGUGACCAUGGGAGCCUAUUGGUCCGGCAUUGCGCAAUGCGGCCUCUAUGGCAUUACAGUCUCUUCGAUACUCAUGUCUAGGCCCAGCACUUUCUCCGUAGAUAUCAGGUACAAGCAAAAGGCCAGCCAGCCCGUCAAGCCCAAGAAGCCGAGGGGAAACAGCCGUAGCCUGCGGAGACCCAGCGAACCUGACAGGAAGACGCGAAAUUCCAGCGUGUCCGUGGGCGUGCCCAUGGACCGCUCGGACUUCACGGAGAGCAUGAACGAGAUGGAGGAGGAAUUUUCGGUGGCCGUAUCUCCGAAGCUAAUCGUCAUGUUCGUCAUGCACAUGAGCGUCAUGCUGCUCGUGCUCUACUACUUCUACCGCUACCUGGUGCAUUUCAUGGUGGUCAUGUUCGCGAUGGCGUCAGCCGUCGCCCUGAUUUCCUGCCUGGAGCCACUCGUCAGCCGAAUCAACAUCGGCACAUCACCGGUGCCGAAGCAAGUGGCGGCAUGCUGCCAAACGCGCAUGGAGGUGAGGCAGCUGGCGCUGCUGGCAUUCGGGAUGUCCGUGGCCACUGCUUGGUUCCUGUUGCGCCGCAACGACACCUUCGGCUGGAUCCUUCAGGAUCUACUAGGCGUCGCCUUCUGCAUCAACAUGCUCAAGAGCUUCCACUUGCCCAACCUCAAGCUUCUGGCCUUGCUCUUGACGCUCCUGCUGGUCUAUGACGUGUUCUUCGUCUUCAUUACGCCGUUCUUGCGCGCGAACCGCGAAAGCGUGAUGGUCGAAGUGGCCAAAGGUUCCGGCGUCAAGGAGGUGCUGCCAAUGGUUAUCAAGUUCCCGAGGAUUUACCGGAGCAUCUAUUCCAAAUGCUUCCAGAUGAAGUUCUCCAUCUUGGGCCUCGGAGACAUACUGGCACCAGGUAUGCUGAUAUCCUACUGCCACACAUUCGACCUAUUCGCGCUGGGCAGAAGAUUUUACUUCUAUAUUGGUUGUUUUUCUUACGGCAUGGGCAUGGUGACCACGUUCCUGGCGCUGGAACUGAUGCACAACGCUCAGCCGGCGCUGCUCUACCUGGUGCCCUUCACCAUCAUUCCGACGGUGACCACGGCCUGGUACAAGGGACACCUCUUCGCAAUCUGGAACGGAGUCAAGUUGGGCGAGAACGGUCGCAAAGACGGGUGCGACAGCGAUACGAAGAUACGGGCACCGCAACCCAAUCAAGGCGGACCCGAAGCCAAGGGCGGCAAUUCAGCUGAUAACUUCACUUCGGACAACGCUGAGGGUGCCGCCGACGUGGGCGCCAAGGGGCGGCAGAGACAUAGACCGAGGAGCAAGAAUCCAGAGGAUCAAGGGGACGAACCGGGCUCCUCCAAGGACAGCAACCUGCGGCUUCACGAGGGCAGCUCGAACAUUGGUGGCGACGGCCACGGAGCCGCCGAUGACGAGGAAAUCGCGGCGUCCCCGCACGGCGUCGGGAGUCCGAACUUCGCCGCGGGCACGGGCGAAGCCGAGCGCGUGCGAGCCGGGACGCAUGGGUCCUGCGCCGCCGUCUUCGCCUCCGACGAGUGCCCGGCCACGGACGUGGUGCCGGCCUCGCACAAACGCGUCCCGCUGCACCUGGCCUACUACAGCACGUGGGAGGAUCGCCUCUCUCGCUUCGUGCUCAGCAACCAGAGGAAGAACGGGCUGCGCCGAGACGCCGCGAACGCGCACGCAACCAGCCCGUCAACCGCGUAGACCAGCACAGCGGGCUUUCCACGCGGGUGGUUUUGUAGUGUACGACAAAUUCGAAAAAAAAGCUAUCUGUUCAUCGUGA